CGCUGCUCUUCACGCUCUUCCCUCUGUACUCACGAACAUUCGAACUCAUCUUUCUCUCUCUCUCUCCCCAUCUCUUUCUGUGUUUCUGCAAAUUGAGAAGAUAAGAAAAACACAAACAUGAAGCACAACACAAAUUUAUCAGUCCGAAAUCUUCUCUCUAAAUCUCUCUCCACAAAGCACAAGACCAGUCUUAAAUUCCCCAAAUCCAACAACGAAAACGACCCCCCACUCCACCCAAACGUCAAGCAACUCUCGCCUGCACCGUCACCGUCCAAAUCGUUGAGUUUCAACAAACCCCAGAUCGCCCCAUCCGACGGUUACCAACCCGAAGAGUCCAAAUCUCAGGACCCACCACUCAAGAGUCAAAAUGAGAUCUUGGAAUCGGACGGUCACUGUGAAGUAUCGCCGGUUUCAGAUCCGCCGGUGAAGGUUGUGGUGAGGGUUAGACCGAUGAAUGAUCAUGAAAGAGAUGUGAAUCGGACUGUGAGGAAGGUUUCUCCGGAUUCCUUAUCUGUUGGGGAUCGUACAUUUACAUUUGAUUCGGUUUUUGACUUGAAUUCGAAUCAGGAGGAGAUAUUUCAGUCAGUCGGUGUCCCCUUGGUUAAAAACGCAUUGGCUGGUUACAAUGCUUCGAUCUUGUCAUAUGGGCAGACCGGAAGUGGGAAGACUUACACAAUGUGGGGGCCUCCAAGUGCCAUGGUGGAGGAUCCUUCACCCAGAAGUCAGCAGGGCAUUGCUCCCCGGCUAUUUCAGAAGCUGUUCACUGAGAUUCAGAGAGAGCAAGACAACUCUGAUGGCAAACAAAUCAAUUAUCAGUGCCGCUGCUCUUUUCUUGAGAUAUACAGUGAGCAAAUUGGGGAUCUACUCGAUCCAACUCAGCGGAACCUUGAGACAAAAGAUGACCCCAAAAAUGGCUUCUAUGUUGAGAAUUUGACUGAAGAAUAUGUGACUAGUUAUGAAGAUGUAACUCAGAUUUUGAUCAAGGGGCUUUCAACUAGGAAGGUUGGAGCUACAAGCAUCAAUUCGAAGAGUUCGCGGUCCCAUAUUGUAUUCACUUUCAUUUUAGAGUCCUGGUGCAAGGAAGCUUCAUCAAAAUUCAGUAGUUCAAAAACGAGCAGAAUCAGCCUUAUUGAUCUUGCUGGAGCAGAUAGGAACAAACUUGAUGAAGUCGGUAGACAAAGUGUGAAGGAAGGGAAAUAUGUUAAGAAGUCCCUAUCACAGCUUGGGUAUUUGGUGAAUGCCCUGGUACAAGAAACUCAACCAGGAAAGCCUGAAGAUGCUGUAUGCAGAAAUUCAUGUUUAACUCAUUUACUGCAAGAAUCACUUGGUGGCAAUGCAAAACUAACUGUUAUCUGCAAUGUCUCCCCAGAUAACAAAAAUAUUGGUGAAAUACUGAGCACCGUCAGAUUUGGACAACGAAUCAGAUGCAUAAGAAACGAUCCGGUAGUAAAUGAAAUAUCAGAGGAUGAUGUUAACGAUUUGAGCGAUCAGAUUCGACAACUAAAGGAAGAACUAAUAAGAGCCAAGUGUGACGUAUCUAAAUCAGUUGCGAGCAGAAAUGGUGGACACUUUAGAGGGAAAAAUGUACGGGACAGCAUUAAUCAAUUGAGAGUAAGCCUUAACCGGUCCUUAAUACUCCCACGCAUCGAUAAUGACUUCGAAGAAGAAGUGAAUUAUUACGAUGAGGGUGAUGUUAAGGAACUUCGCGAGCAGCUGGAUAAGUUGCAUAAGUCUGAUGAGGAAGAAAGCUCCAGAGAUGAAAGUUGUGAGGCAGACUUGAUGAGUGAAGAUGACAUGAUUUAUCCACAAGAAAAUGAAUUAGAAGUGGAGAAUCCUCAGAAUGAACUUCCUACUGCACCCAAAUCCAUUAAUCAUGCAUUCAGAAGUAGCAUUUCAAUUAGCUCAUGCCAUAACUCUACCAUUUUCCAAGAACCAACUUUGUCUGAGUCUCCUAAAAUUGGAAACAUCCAAAGAAAGAGCAUGGCCUUUAGAUCAAGUCAUUUGGCAAGUCAGAACAAUUUGUCAGAGAGUUCCAAAUCAGAUGUUUUACGACAGUCGCUUAAACAUAGUGAGCACCUGCGAUCAUCAUUGCAGUCAAGUGCAACUGAAUCCUUGGCUGCUAGCCUUCAAAGAGGCUUGCAAAUCAUAGACAAUCACCAGCAGAACUCGCUAGCAAACAGAGCUUCAGUGGCCUUCUCCUUUGAGCACUUGAUGUUGAAACCUUGUCCUGAAGUUGACAAAACUAAUGCUUCCAUUCAAAGAUUGCCAGAAGAGACACCAUCUGGUAGCAUUUCACUGUGUGCAUCUUGCCGACAAAAGAUUGACCACAAUUCCAAUGAAGUCAAUGAAGAAGGGAUUUCCCAAGGGGCAAGAGACGGUGCAGAGCCCAUUAAGAGAGAGGAGCUUGAAAAUAUUUGCAAGAGGCAAGCAGCAAAAAUUGAGCAGCUAACCCGCCUGGUAGAGCAGUGCAAUCAUGGUCAAGAAAGCAAUGCUCUUUGUGUUGAGGCUCUGCAAAAUGCAAUAGUACCACUUGAAGAGGCUACUGACAAAUGUGAAAUAAAGGAAGUCCAGGAAGUCAUGGACCAUCAUAAAGGACAUACUUACUUUGAUUUGAAUGAGAAGGAAGCACUUUUAAGGGAAAUAGAAAGUUUGAAGAGCAAGUUGCAGUCCAAUACUGAGAAUCUGAGAUCCUCUUUGUUGUCAAGGUCCUUGCAACUGAGAAAGAGUGUAGAUUGUCGACCUGAUAAUGCUGAAGAACUAGAGAAGGAAAGAGAGAGAUGGACAGAAAUGGAGAGUGAAUGGAUUUGUUUAACAGAUGAUUUAAGAGUUGAUCUUGAAUCCAGCAGACAGCAUGCCGAAAAAGUGGAAAUGGAACUGAGAUCAGAGAAGCAAUGCACUGAAGAAUUAGAUGAUGCACUUAAUAGAGCUGUGCUUGGACAUGCCAGAAUGGUUGAACACUAUGCCGAUUUACAAGAGAAGUACAAUGACUUGGUUGGACGCCACCGGGCAAUGAUGGAAGGGAUAGCAGAGUUGAAGAGAGCAGCAGCAAAGGCGGGCACAAAAGGUGGCUCACGUUUUGCCAAAUCCCUCGCCGCAGAGCUCUCUGCCGUUAGAGUUGAGAGGGAGAGGGAAAGAGAAUUCCUGAAGAAGGAAAACAAAAGUCUUAAAAUCCAGCUUAGAGACACAGCAGAAGCUGUUCAUGCUGCUGGAGAACUCCUUGUCAGGCUCAGAGAAGCCGAACAUGCAGCCUCAGUUGCAGAGGAGAACUUUUCCAAUGUUCAGCAAGAAAAUGAGAAGUUAAAGAAGCAAAUAGAGAAGGUGAAGAUAAAGCACAAGAUGGAGAUAAACACAAUGAAGCAGUAUCUUGCAGAAAGCAGAUUGCCAGAAUCUGCGUUGAAACCUUUAUAUCGGGAGGAUUCUGACGUAGCUGUACACAGCAGUACAACCCCAGAUUAUGAUGAUCAAGCAUGGAGAGCAGAAUUUGGAGCUAUAUAUCAAGAGCAUUACUAAGUUACUUAAAAAGGCUGAACAUGAACUUGUAUCAGAACAAAGUUACCAUCCAUUGAUGUGCUUGCACCAGAGCAAUGACCCUACUUGGGUCAUCUUCUACCUGUUCUCUACUAUUGGCUUUCUUCAUUUUAUUUUUCUACUAUUGGCAUUCAGUAUUUGUUUUUGCAGCAACAUUUUGUGAUCUGAGAUUGAAAAUUAUUGAAUUCAUCGUAUGUUUGAAUGUUUGUCUUA